GAGCUCGUGGGUUCGUUCGUCGCGAUGAACCCAGCUCGUGGGUUCGCAACGAACCCAGGAGCGUGGAUUCGCGACGGCACUUCAAGCGCGAAAAAAUGUUAGUUGGUAAGAUUGGAUUGAUUUGGUUAAAUGAUUCUGUGAUCAAUUGAGCACCAAGACUUGGGUUAAUUAACUGUUUUUAACAGGGAUUGAGAACCCAGCUAGCUCCUGGGUUCGCGACAUACCCAGAGAUUGAGAACCCAGCUUGCGUCUGGUGAGGCUUAUAGACUAAGCCAAAAACGAUGAGAAAAAUGAUAUUUAAGCAUAAGCAAGUUCUUGUGUUACUCAUACAAAUAUUAAGCUGAUGGUGAAGUAGUGAUGAAGGGCAAAGGCAUAUGUUUUUGCUUUCCAGCGAGCCAGAAGCAGAAAGCAGCUAAGCGUGGAGAAGAAUCAGAGAGUUCUUCUCAUAAAAGGACUCAUCGAAGUGGCAAAAGAAGGGAACUUUCUGGUGCUGCUCCUGAGUCAGGUGGCACAAGUGAACAUGGAGGAUCUCACGCAACCACCAGCAGUGAUGCUGGUGGCGCCGCUUUGGGCGCUGCUGGUGGCGCUGCUUUGGCUGCUGCAGUGGUGACUGCUACUGCAAUGAGUGUUUCUCUUACGGCGGAAGGCAGCGGUGAGGGUGGUGGGGAUGGUGGCUGAUAAGUAGUGAUGCUGUUGAAGUUUGUUGGUACUUUUGGUAUUUUAUUUUUCCAGUUGCUCUGUUGAUUUUGCUUUUUCUCUUUUCUCAUUUUACUUUACUAGUAUAAAUUGAGAAUUAUGUGCAUGUGAAUCUGGAUUUGAUUUUCUUUCCGUUUUUGUUUCUUGUACAUAAGAAAGACAAUUGUACCCUUUGUUUGAUAAUUAGAGUGUGCAAUAUGUACUAAUAGAGAGGUCUCUUUUCAUCAAUUUACUCGUACCUAACAGCAAAGGAUAUUUUGAAUUUAGGAGUUGAGAACUCCUUACAUAGUUUGGAAGUUCUACCUUUUGCGUUCUUAUUUCUUUGUGACAAUUAAUUAACAAAUAACUAUUAAAUGAGAUUUAAUUCUGAAUAAGUCAAAACAACAAACAAAAAGUGAAUAUUAAUUGAACAUUUAUUAGGUAUUUAACUUGUUUGGAUAUAUAUUUUACUUAUAUCUGUGAAGAGGUAGUUAAAUACUGAGUAUGAAAAAUGCAUACUUGCCAAGUAUCAGAUAAGUAUUGGGUAUGAGGGUUAAUACUUGCAUACCUGACCUAUAUAUCUGACCCAUAUACUUAACCUGUAUAUUUGACCCAUAUACUUGACCUAUAUAUCUGACCCAUAUACCUGACAUGUAUUCUAGUUUUAUUUGCUUAAUUUGUAAUAUAAUGUUAUGAAAUUA